GUGUACUGUCUGGCAUCGUACACUCACCCAUCAUACCCAACGCAUCUGGAUGUUCUUUGACAUCUCGCUCUUCGCAACGAAAUUCCCACAUAGUUUUGCCCAGAGUUUUCUAUUCAAGACCCAAACGACGCGUCUUUACUUCCUCCCUUUUCUCAUCUCCCUAGUCUGAUAGUGGUCUUUCCUGCCCGACUAGUCAUCGACUUGCAACACAGCAAGGUUUUCAGAGGGAGGCGACGCGGCCCCCGAGCGUAUUCACGUUGUCCUUGCUGGCCUCUGGGGUUACAUCCGACUUCGUCCAUCAGCCGGCUCCAACUAUCUUUCUACAACUGCUGGGGAUAUGCCUGCCGGGCCUGAUCAAAAUGGCAGAAAAGAAGAUGCAGCUCGAGGACUGGUUGGACGACCUCUGUGUCCGCUUCAUCAUCAACCUCCCUCAGGAGGACCUCUCGUCCGUUGCUCGUAUAUGUUUUCAAGUUGAAGAAGCGCAAUGGUUCUACGAAGACUUCAUUAGACCACUUGACCCCACCCUACCGUCCAUGUCCCUUCGAACCUUCUGCCUGCGAAUUUUCCAGCAUUGCCCGCUCUUGGCAUCCUUCUCCGUCGAGAACCAUAUGAGGGCCUUCGAGGAAUUCCUGCAGUAUAAGACUAGAGUUCCAGUGCGCGGCGCCAUCUUGCUCAACGAGGCUAUGGAUUCGACCGUGCUGGUCAAGGGCUGGAAGAAGGGGGCCAAUUGGAGUUUCCCGAGAGGGAAGAUCAACAAAGACGAGGAUGACCUCGAUUGCGCCAUUCGAGAAGUCUAUGAGGAAACCGGCUUUGACAUUCGCGAGGCCGGCCUGGUCCCUAAGAAUGACGAGAUCAAGUACAUUGAGAUCUCGAUGCGAGAGCAGCAAAUUCGCCUCUACGUCUUCCGGGAUGUUCCCAUGGAGACCAACUUCCACCCGAGGACGAGGAAGGAAAUUAGCAAGAUCCAAUGGUACAAGCUAUCCGAGCUUCCGGCAUUCCGGAAGAAAGGGAAUCAGCAGCCAGAUGAUGCAGCGGCCGCAUCGAACGCCAAUAAAUUCUAUAUGGUUGCUCCGUUUCUCGUCCCUCUGAAGAAGUGGGUGAUGCAGCAGAAGAAAAGAGACGUUGGUAGAGCUACCAGCAAUCAUCAUCUUGCAACGCAUGCGAUCCAGGAAGAACCUGCUACGGAAGAUGACAUUUCGACCCAGACCGAACCAACCAACGGGCCCCCGACGGCCACGGCUGCGGUUAAUAAUCUUGAGAGCGCAACUCGUGAGCUCCAACGGCUUCUGAAGGUGCAACCGCCAACCCAAGGCAUUCAGCUCAGCCCAUCUGGGUCUGGAGCCGGAAACAGUGGCAAGGGCGAGGCCCUGAUGGCAAUAUUGCAGAGCAAGGGUUCUUCUACCCAACAUCCUCCAGGUCCCCCUCUUCAGCCUCCGCCGAUUAUGGGUAACAACCAAAUCCCGCCUUUACCGUUUGGGUUCGCCUACAACAAUCCGCCUCAAGCACAUCAUCACCAUCCCCCUCAGAUCUUUCCUCCGAAUAGCUAUCAACUGCCCCCGAAUUUCUCCAUUUCUUCAAAUAUGAAUCAGAAUAUCCCCGCGGCGUACUAUAACCAAGUCCGAGCUCCUGGCCAGAUGCCACCUCAACAUCAUGGCCACGUCCGGAAUGUGUCGAACAUGGGCUCAGGUUAUCAGCGUGGCCUAGAGCCUGUCCUUCUCCACCCACAACCUCUCCCACCACAGGUUCAGCAGUCGCGCCUCACCAGAAGCAUCCUUGCGACUCCAAAUUUACCAGAAACCACCGGGGGCGUUAAAGUAGACGGCAGCUAUUCUUCCUUCAAUAGCCAGCCUCGCAUCCCUCAAGGUCCGCCUCAAUCGCAACAGACGACCACUCAUGUGGCGCCGCCUCAGAUGACAAGCCACAGCAUGUCGCUGCUGAAUGCUUUGAAGAGCGGCGACCGGGCGGUGGAGCGGAAACCGGCACCAGCUGGUCCUUCCCAGGGAGCAAAUGACAAUCCGCAAACCAAUUUUCAGCCGGCUCAGUGGUCCAACUUUCCACCCUCGCAAGGGCAGCAGCCCGCAGGGCCUUUGGUAUUUCCAAACCCGACGCAACCUUUGCAACCCUUGCAGAAUGGUGCCGCUCAGUCCAUGGCUUCUCAGACUGCAUCUACUUUCUCGGCCAAACCUCACCCGCCUACGGAUAAGCACCGUUCAGCCCUUCUCGACAUGUUCAAAAAACAGGCGCCACCCUCGCCAACAAGUAGUGAAGCUACUGUCAGGCCGAACAAAGCACAACCCGAACUCUCGACACGUGCCAGAGAGGAAGCUACGAGAUCCUUGAAGUCCCAGCCACCUGCGGAGGCCAACGUGGCUGCCACACAGGCGAAUGGUCGCCCGGUAGUGAUGAAUCCCGAGCUGAAUCUUCCUUAUCGGGCAUUCCAGAUCCUAAGUCGGCCUGUGCAGCGAGAGAACCAGCCCAGCCAGAAGCCAGAAGCCCUUGGCAGGCCUGGCGGGGCUACCUCCAAUCCAAAGGAGGCCAAGCACAUGAUUAGCCCGAACAUGCCGUCGCCUAAGACUUCUGCUCGACCUAAUCCUCGCACAGAGGCUGCUGAGAGCAACGGGCUUGCUCGUAAAUCAUCUCUCCCGCAGCCCGCAAACACAUCACACGGUCACCCGCAAUACCAGGGCUCAUCCAUUUCGCAUGGGGCGCCUGUGUUCCCUGCAGCCGGCAUGCUCCCGCGUCGCCAAGAUGGAAAUCCAGAACAGAAGCAAAAGCUACUCUCGCUAUUUGGCAAGCCUCAGCCAUCCCCCUCCUCGCUAGCUGGCGAAGGCAAGGGCAAAGAAGUGAGUAUGCCGGAGCAAGCUACAUCUGGUACACCGAGGUCCCUUAUCGCCUCUCUCGCGUCGGCUGGUGGCGAUGGUGCCCAGGGGAGUGCGGCCCAGUCGCGGAGAAGCAGCCAGACCCCCAUCUCGCCUGCCGACCGUGAUUUCUUGCUAGGCUUCCUGCAGUCGGUCACUAGCAAGACGCAUUAGAACGGGUUCGUGGGGGACUUCGACGCGCGUUUUGCCAGGGCCCGGCACUAUGGGCGAAGAUGGAGUUGGAGAUUCGGCUAGGAGUCCGGGCGGCUGGCUCCAUGGUUGCUGGGUCGAUGCGGGCUAUUUUCGGCGGUGGAGCUAGGAAACAAGUUCAUGAACUGGUUGGUGACUUGCGUAGGAGCGCUGACUGAAGCAUUGCGCUGGAGUUUCUCUGGGCUACGCGGUUGCAACGGUUUCCACCGUGGCGAUGUCCGAGGAUGCCGGGCUGGGAUGGUCAUAUUUAUCGGAGUUUUAAUCAAAUGCGUUGCCAAUC